AUGGGCGAUAAAGGUGAUAAAGAUGAUGAUAAAAAACAAUAAUAAAGUGAAAUUAAGAAUGGAGUUGAGAAACUCAUCAAAAUUGACAAAAAGCACGCAAAUUUUGAAAUCAAUGACACUUUAUUUAAUACCAAAGUAAAAGUCCGCAACAUCAAUUCCAGCACAUCAAGCUCCAUUUUGGGCUAGAAUCAACCUGAAAAUACCUUGAGGUGUUUCUGGCGUCACAUUAAUAGAUACUACUUUAGGAAAUUAGAUACAAAUGAAAUGGAAAGAUUGUCCUAUCUUGAUCAAUUAUUCUCCUUAAAAUAAGAUACUUCUCUUCAAAGGCAGAAGUAUGCAAAUCACAUGGUUUACACUGCUAUUUAAAAUGUUAUAGAUAAAGAAAAAUUUUUGGGUGAUCAAUAGUAAUCUCCAGAAGUGCAAAAAAUUCUUUUCAAAAUAGUUAAGGUUAAUUGCAACAUUUAGGCUUUGAUUUAUGAAUGUCACUUUAAGGAUAAAGCAAAUUUGAAAUUCUUAGAUUAAAUUAUUAAAGAAAGAGACUAAAUUACUCCUAAAAAGAGUACAAAAAAGAAAAGCAUUAACGACUUGCAAAAUGAAUUAUAAAAAUUGAAAGCCAUAGAAGAAAAGCUCUUAAAGCAAAUAGAAUAAAAUUCAGAUUAAGAUUCAAAGCAUAGCAAAAAGAAAAAUGGACAUUAAAAAAAAGCUUAGAAUUAUUCUGAUGAAGAUAGCAACAAUAGUGAAAUAGAUUAGGAAGAUAAUGAUAAUAGCAACAAUCACGAUAACAUAUCUACUGCUUCAAAUGAUGAAAUAAGUUAUUAUGCAAAGCAUAGUUCAAGAAAAUUAGAUUUUGAAUAGGAAAGACUAGUCAGGCAAUUAGAGGAAAUCAAUGCUAUCAAUAAAUUAAACCUAAAAAAGCUAAAUUAAAAAGUACAAGCUGAACUUAAAGAAGGAAAAUAGAUCUUUUUUGAAAAUCAAAAUGACAAUAGCAGUUUAGUAGUUCACGAUAAGCACUCGCAAGGCAAACAGCAGCAAACCAAGCAAAAGAAAAAAAGCAAGAAGAACAAUGAGUAUUCCUCAGACCACACAGAUGCAGGAGUUGUAGAUACUCUACCUAAAUUUGGAGGAUUUUAAAAAGAACUAGGAAAGGACCCUCGUCCUAAGAUGUCUGAAAAAGAAAUUAGCGAUUUGCACUUAAACUAUUUAUAGCAGUUGAUAUUUACUUUAGAAGAAAAAUAAGUUGCUGACUCCAUUUCUAAGAUAACAAACUGUAAAAAAGAAUCUAAAAAAGAGUUUCACUAUGAAGUAAUGUUUGAAGAUGCUCUAAACUCUCAACCUAUCUACAUAGAUGAGAAAACUUUACUUAGAUUCAACGAAUACAGAGAACAUUCAAUGUUGAGGAAAUACAAUUUACCUAUUAAAACUCUCUUUUCCUCUACUUCUCACAAUUAUGUUCAACUCACACAAUAUGUCACAAACAGAAAUAAACCAAAUCCUUAUAAAGAUCAAGAUAUCUUAGAUACUAUUAAAAGAAAUUCUAACUAGCAUCAUGACCAAACCCACCAUAAAAUCAUUAAUAUGACUAGAAACUUUGACAUAUGCCAUCAUUGUAGAUAAAUUUUUGAAUUAGGGUAUCUAGUUAAGUGCAAUUAUAGAAGCUCAGUCAUGGGAAUGCCAUAGUCUAGCCAAUCAACUAACGAUCAAAUAUUUAUUUCAUAAAUUGUUGAUUAUGAUAGCAAUCAAAGAAGACCAUUCUUAAAUAGAAAGAGAAACAAUUACAAUUCUUAUAUUAAGAAAAGCAAUGGUGAGUUAGUUUGUAAGAGAAAAUUUUGCAUUCACUGCUUAAAGUAAAAUUAUGAUUUCAAGCAUGAUCAAAGCAAGACAGAUUGGGUCUGUCCAUUUUGCCAAAAUUAUUGCCACUGCAUAAGAUGUCUUAGAAAUGAGUAAAUAAACAAGCUUAAAGGUAUAUAUUUACUAUAUGGUGGCGAUAUAUAAUAUUUGGAGUAGGAAUCUAUGCUUAAUAAGUACUUGCGUCCUCUUUCAGAAGAAGACAGAAAGAGAAAAGAAAGAGACGAUAUUUACAAUAGGGCAACGAAUAGCAGCAUGAUAGUAUUUUAAGUUUAAAAGCAGACUUAUGAAAAGGAAGUGGAAGAAGAAAAAACUCUACAAACUAAGUUAGACGAUCUUACCUACGUUAGAUUAGAUAUGGAACGAGUAAGAUUAGUUAUAUCUUAAGUUUGCAGAAGAGAAAAACUUAAGCACUUUUAAAUACUAGAAGAAUAAGAAACAUUUAAAAAAAAGGAGCAAAAAAUAUAAAUAUAGCUUGAAAAAGCCUCAACUAAAUUGAAGAAGCAGCAAGAUAAAGAAAUAGCCUAAAAUUAAGAAAAAAAGAAAAAAGCUGAAAAAGCUAAAAAUGGAGCAACAAAAAAGAAUGAAAAAAAGAAAGAAGAAACACCCAAAAAAUCCGCAAAGGGCAAAAAUAGAAACUCUAAAAACUCAGAUUAAGAAACGGAAGACAUUUAAGAAGAAUCAGAAAAUUCUUCUUUGUAAGGUGAUUCCUCUGAAAUUGAAUAAAGCAACUAAUCAGACGUUGAACAGGACAGUGAAGAAGUCACAAGUGAUGUAGAAAACAGCUCACAAUAGGAAUCUAGUGGGCAAGAAGAAGAGGAAGAAGAUGAAAAUGAAAAUGAUCAAGAAUAGUCAAGUAAAUCAUAAAUAAUCGAAGAUGAAGAUGAAGUAGAUCAAACAGAUUCCUCAGUUAUAGAGUAAGAAGAAUCUGAAAAUGCAGUUACAGACGAUUCUAAUGAAGAAGAGUAACAAUAAAGCUAAGAAGAAGAAAGUGAAGAUGAAGAAGAGGAGAAUUAAGAAGAGAAUGAAUAGGAAAGCUAAGAAGAGGAACAAGAUAGCUAAGAUUAAGAAUCAGGAGAUAAAGAUGUAGAAGAAGAAGAAAAUGACGAAGAUUAGACUGAAGAUGCUGAUGAUGAAGAAAGUGAAAAUGAAGAAGUAGAAUCAAUUAUUUAAUCAGAUGAAAGUACAAUAGAAGAAAACCAAAGAAAUAAAUAAAAAACUAGUAAAUAAAAGCCUACGAAGAAUGGAAAAGUAGCAUAAACUAAAGCUUAAUAAAAAUCUAAAAGUAAAGAAAAAGAUUAAAAGAAAAUUAAGUAGGUCUCAACAAAGAAAAAAGAGCACAUAAAAGCAGAAAAAGAUAAGAAAAGCAAUAAAAAGGAUCCUAAAUCAAAGAAAUCUAAAAGAGGCUUAAGUUCAUUAUUUAGUAAAGAAAUAAAAAAUUUAAUGAGAAACUAAGAUCCUUCUAUUUUAUAAUUAUCUUCAAAGAGGGAGAAGGCCUUAAGGUCAGCUACAAAUCCUAUAGAAACAAAUUAACAUAAUCAUAAUAACAUCACUAACGGAGUUAAUAAUAAAAAUAAAAAUAAUAGCAAUAAUACUAAAUAAAAUAUUUCUAAGUUCGAAUAAACACCUAAAAAGAAAUAAAAAAUUUGA